UAUUCCUUUCUCCGUAAAUUUCUCUUGUAAUUACCUUCAGUUUUCCUUCCUGCUCUGCUGUCUACAGCCCUAAUUUGCAAAUUGAUGUAAAACUCGAAGAAUUGAGAGAGAGAGCCGCAAUUCCUUAAAGUCCAAAAGCCACAGACUAGCUAGGGUUAAAAUGGCUUCUUUUGGGUCUCUAAAAUCGGCAAUCUACGACAGAGAAGAGAGAAAACAGCAAUACCAAGCUUACAUUCGAGGUCUCAACGCCUACGAUCGGCACAAGAAAUUCUUGAACGAUUAUGUUAGCUUCUAUGGGAAAGAUAAGUCUUCAAAUGUGAAAUUGCCAGUUAAAACGGACCGGGACACCCUAAGAGAAGGAUAUCGGUUCAUACGUACCGAGGAAGAUGAUAUGGAUACAUCCUGGGAGCAAAGGUUGGUGAAGCGCUACUAUGAUAAGCUUUUUAAAGAAUACUGCAUAGCUGACAUGUCACAAUACAAGAGUGGAAAGAUUGGUUUGAGAUGGAGAACAGAGAAGGAAGUCAUAUCUGGGAAAGGGCAGUUUGUAUGUGGUAACAAGCAUUGUGAUGAAAAAAAUGGCUUGGCAAGCUAUGAGGUGAACUUUUCUUAUUUUGAAGCUGGUGAAAACAAGCAAGCCCUUGUUAAGUUGGUAACUUGUGAAAGAUGUGCAGAAAAGCUUAACUACAAAAAUAAGAAAGAAAAGGAGCAAUUAGAGAAAAGGGAAAAGGAAGAGCAUAAAAGAAAGAGGGAAACAGAAAGGAUUAAUGAUGAUUCUGAUAAUGAAGGGGCCAAAGAGAAGAGGAAAAGAGGUAAAAAGGCUUCAAUAUCAGGAGACAAUCACAAAACUGAUGAUGAGAACUUCGAUGAAUUUCUUGAGGGAAUGUUUCCAUAACUGAGUGGGUGCCCGCUGCUGCGAGCCUACCCGAAUGUUAGUAAUCUUAUGUUUGACAACGUAUCUAUCCAAAAAGGAAGUAUUGCAGCAUGGUACCAUACCAAGAUGCCAGUAGAUCCUGUAUUGAGCUGAACACUUACUCUGUAAAUUUUCAAAGAAAAAGUUGUUUUUGACAAGAAGAUUAAGGGGGGAAAUGGUCGUGCGUGUAAUUUUGGAGAGCAUGAAGCAUGUGUAAAAUAUCCCAAGUUUUGGAUUCCAAA